GUUAUGCAUUUCCUUAAUAAACUUGACUACAUGUUGGCAACAAUCAAGGGCUUACAUCCUCAUGUGAUCCCUGCCAGAAACCCUUUACCUACAUUUCCAGCCUGCGGCUCCAGCUCACCGUCGCCUUUCGUGCGUAAAGUGUUUCUCACGCUCGUGCUGAAGCCAGCCAGAGUCAAUUAUCAAGGGAAUGAAGUCUGAGACCUCCGUUCGGGCUCUCGGGGCGUGUUUUCUUUUUUCGAUGGGUGUUCCCAGAACAGGAGGUGGGCGUGAGUGUGAGCGCGAGGCUCCAGCGGCUCGUGGGAAAGACGCGCAGUGGAGUUUGGCGACUGUACCUGAGCGCACCGCAUCACCAUGAAGCGCCCGUGUGAGGACAGCACGUCCGACAGUGACAUGGAUGAAACUAUAGAUGUGGGAAGCGAGAAUAACUAUUCUGGUCAAAGCAGUGGAUCAUUUAUAAGAUGUGGCUCACCUACCACAACAUCCCAAGUUAUGGCCAGAAAGAAGCGGAGAGGGAUAAUUGAGAAAAGACGAAGAGAUCGAAUAAAUAAUAGUCUAUCAGAGUUGCGUCGCCUGGUCCCUACAGCAUUUGAGAAACAGGGUUCAGCCAAAUUAGAAAAAGCUGAAAUAUUACAGAUGACAGUGGAUCAUUUAAAGAUGCUCCAGUCCACAGGAGGAAAAGGAUAUUUUGAUGCCCAUUCCCUUGCAAUGGACUUCAUGAGCAUCGGAUUUAGGGAGUGCCUCACUGAAGUUGCCAGAUAUUUGAGCUCAGUUGAAGGUCUGGACUCCAGCGAUCCCCUCCGUGUCCGCUUGGUUUCCCACCUUAGCAGCUGCGCCUCGCAGAGGGAAGCAGCCGCCAUCACCACAUCCAUGGCACAUCACCAGCAGGCCCUCCACCCGCACCAUUGGGCCGCCGCGUUGCAUCCCAUACCUGCGGCGUUCCUGCAUCAAAGCGGACUUCCGCCGUCAUCCGACGGUCCCUCCGGCAGGCUCUCCGAGGUUCCUCAAAGAGGAGCGGCCCUGCUGACCUCCUCCUUUACCCACAGUGACUCCACUUUAAGAGCUCCCUCUACAGGCAGCGUCGCUCCUUGCGUGCCGCCGCUGUCCACCUCCCUCCUUUCGUUAUCGGCCACGGUUCACGCUGCUGCCGCCGCCGCCGCCGCCCAGACCUUCCCUCUGUCGUUUCCAGGAGGUUUUCCUCUCUUCAGCCCAAGCGUAACGGCAUCUUCCGUGGCUUCUUCAGCCGUGAGCCCGUCCGUUUCCACAUCCACGUCUUCCCAACAGAGUAGCGGCAGUGGAAACAGUAAACCGUAUCGGCCGUGGGGAACUGAAGUGGGAGCUUUUUAAGACUUGGAUUUGCAUGUACAUAGAGGAACGAGAACGGCUACUGUGCCUUGGGCUGUUUUCUUGACCGGUUUUACGUGGGAGACAAACAAAAAAUUUACACUUUUCACUGUGUGGACACUUAUAAGGAUAAAGAUCAAUUGCCUUUUUGAAAGAACAUCUUUAUGUUAUCCUCUUUCACUGUUCCACUUACUCGUACGUUCUCACAAAGAAAGGGUUCUUCACAGCAAUGCCAUAGAUGAAACAUUUUUGGCUUUCGUUUCUCAACUUUUAAUUGUCUGAAGAACCUAUUGUGAAAGUUAAAGGUUCUUUAUGGAUCCAUUUUUGGUUCUUCUAUGGCACCUUUAUUUUUAAGAGUGUGACGCACUGUUUCAACUUUGUGAAAGGGCUGUACUGUGUGACAUACAAUACUUAAAUGCUGCAUUUGACAUAAGUAUGCAUUGAGAUAUUUUCAGUACUAAGGAUUGUAUUGAUUUUAACACUUAUAUACUUACUAGUAGAUUUUGAAUGAUACAUAACAGCUUGUUCCGAGACAAACCAAAGGUUUUGCAGAUAAUCACUAAAGUGAGGCGUGAAUCGGUUUUAUAAUCAACGAUUUAACAAUCCAGUUUGUAAAUCUGUACAUGUGUAAGUUUGUAACUAGAGUUUAUAUUAAAAUUAGUCGGAUGAGAUGUUGGUAUGAUGCACUUCAAUCACUACUGUUUCGGAGGAGACUGGAUCUUCUCCACUUUACACAAUAGGCCUACUAAAUAAGAAAAUAACAUUCACUAAUGCUCAUAUGUGAGAUUUUCUACUGAAUGAUACUACUGUAACUUUUUUACUUUUAAUAACCCUACCACGGUGCGUAAAAUGUAACCAUUUUCUAUGCAAAAAAAGUAGAAAGAGUGUUUUUUCCUUCAUUUUAAUACAUAUGCCAUGAAACCAUCAUUUUGUUCACCACAACAGAUCCUGGAAUGUUAUGAGAAAAAGUAAUUGUUUUCCCAUAGCAUAAUGUGAGUUCUUGAAAUUGUAUGGUAGAAAGAUAUUUGUGCUCUUUUAUGUGUUUUUUAAUAGCGCAGAAGAAACAAACAAAGUGCCACUUCAACAGUUAUAAAUCAUCGAACAUACAAACAUGACAUUUUGAGAAGUUACACACUGUUACAAAGUGAACAUUGUUACAUUUUGACAAAGUUUGUCACAUAAUUUUUAUUAAAACCCAAAAUAAACAUAUUUUUAUCAUCCCAUAGUUGCUGAAUCGUCAAAAAAGCGAUUUUAUUUGAUGUUUACUGCUAUUUGAAGACAACCCCCCCUCCUCUUUGGUCCCUCGGGAGCGGCUCAAGUCAAAACGUAUGUAUAGCUGUUCUGGCGGGCGUGAACGAACCGCUGGCCCGGCUGCAAUGGUGUUCGCCACAUGAAAGCAAAACAACACCAGUCACUCCUCUCCAAGAUGGGUCUUUAUGCCGGCCUAAUCCACUCCCUUUAUGCCAGGGUCUGUUAGACAGAUUUACAUUAGUAAAUCACUGUCACAC